AGCUGCUUUGUUGUCGAGGCAACCAACUUCAACAUGGGAGAAAACUCCAGUGGGUCAUCGACAUGUUCAUAGGAUGGUCCCAACAAGUGGACGCUUCCGGUGCUGGCUAUCCGAUAUGUAGUCCUACGUGUAUUCCAUGGAUUUGUGUGUAAUUACCCCUGAGCCCCUCCUACUCUCAUCUAUGUUUCUUAAUAUUGCCUAUGUGCAGUUUGCCUCCUUUCUCUACCACUCUCUCUUUCCGGCAACUGCUUAGUUACGUGCAAUUUACGGAGCGGAGUGUCUGAUUUCAGUUUAUGUGAUAUGCUUUCUGUGAUUGUCUAAUAAGGCACAGUACACUCUUGUCGAGAUCCCUGACUGGAUUGAAGCGAUGGAAGAUUGCCAGAUUUGCUGACUUGCAGGACAGGAAGUGAUUGAAGUGCCGGAAGAAUCUCCAAGACACAGGUGAGUGGAGAGAAGAUGAAGCUUUCUGAAUAUUUUGCACGAAUUGGCUACACAGGACCUUGCAACAAAGCUGACCUGGAGACACUAAGCAAAUUAGUUGAAAACCAUGUCACAUCUAUUCCGUAUGAAAAUCUCAAUCCACACUGUGGAGAAACAAUUGAGGUCAAUGUGGAAGCAGUCUUUGACAAAAUGGUGAGGAAGCAAAGAGGUGGCUGCUGUGUGGAGCAUAAUGGCUUAUUCUGGUGGGUACUAAAGGAGAUGGGGUACAAUGUGAUGUUUACAGCUGCAAGAUUGUACAAACCAGCAAAGGAUUGUUACGAAUCCUACCCAUCUCAUUGUAUCCUCAUAGUCACCAUUGAUUCUAAGAGUUAUGUUGCUGAUGUGGGCUUUGUAUCAUCCUACCAGCUACGACAACCACUGGAGCUGGUAUCAGGCAAAGAACAGUCUCAGCUUCCGGGCACAUUCCGCCUGACUGAAGAGAACAAUAUCUGGUACAUGGAUAAAGCUAUAAGGAAACUUCACAUUGAAGGUCAAAGCAGCAACAGUGAGUUUCUGCAGAACCAACCUGCCUAUGAAAAACUGUUUUGUUUUGCCCUUAAGCCUUAUAAAAUUGAGGAUUUUCAGGACAAAUUAACCUAUUUAAUAACGACUCCUGGGGCCAUGUUUAAAGAGUUAUCCUAUGUUUGUUACCAAACCCAGAAUGGCAUUAAAAUUCUGAAGGGUACAACCUACAUUGAAAAGAUGUUCAAUGGGAAAGAUGGAACGGAUGUCAGAACCUCCAAAAGUCUGACUGAAGAAGAAUUACAACAUGUACUCAGGGAGACAUUCAACUUGAUGUUGGACAAGAAGAUAACGCCUGUGAAUAAUUUCACUCAUUUCCUGAUUGAAUAAUAUCAAUUCACCAUAUAAUAACAUCCAGCAACAUAUUUCCUCUCCUGAAAGUUAACACAUUAUGGGGGGUUGGGAUCCUGUCAGUUUUAUAUCACUAAUUUCAUCAGGGAAUAAGAAGAUUUGUAGCUCAGGUUGAGGUUCUGGAUGUGAGUUUGCUCACUGAGCUGGAAGGUUA